CUUUGUUGUAUGUACAACUUCAGCUUCCAUCCUCAGAUCUCAUUUGCACUGAUUUUCCUCCCUCCUCUUACUAAGACAAAAUGCUAUACGUACAGGUAUGAAGACGCCGCCAAACAGUUACAUAGUCGCUGUAAAUGCAAUUCUCAGAAAACACGUGUGAAGAGCGGAGAGCCUUUUUUUGCCAACAGGUUUUGUACAUCCAGGCUUAGGGGGUAUUAUGAUCUUUGCAUCAUCUCUUUCUUUCACGGAUCAUACAAGCUGAGCUCCUAGCUUAGAAGCCCAUGCCUCCCAUGCCUCCCAUACCGCCCGGCAUGCCGCCCAUUGCUGGCCCAGUCUUCUCCUCUGGUGCUUCGACGAUGGCAACCUCAGUGGUACCGAGCAACGAAGCAACACCGCUAGCAUCCACAAGUGCAGUCCUCACCACCUUGAAUGGAUCCAGGAUACCAGCUUGGAUCAUAUCGACGUACUGACCCUUUGAGCUGUCAUAGCCUCGGUUGAAAUCCUGGGCAUGCUCCUCCAUCAGCUUACCAACAACGACGGAGCCCUCAUCACCAGCGUUUUCAACAAUCAUGCGCGCCGGGCGGGUGAUGGCUUUGCGUACAAUGUCGAUGCCGAGCUGCUGGUCGAAAUUGGCUGCCUUCACAUCCUUGAGAGCGUUGGCAGAAGCCUUGAGGAGGCCAGUGCCACCACCUGGAAGGAUACCCUCCUCAACGGCAGCGCGCGUCGCAUUCAGAGCAUCAACAAUGCGGUCCUUCUUUUCUCCGACCUCGACCUCAGAGGCACCACCGACCUUGAUGACAGCCACACCGCCAGAGAGCUUAGCCAAACGCUCGCUCAGCUUCUCCUUCUCGUACUCCGAGGUAGAUGGGUCGGCCAUGACGCCACGGAUCUGUUCAGCUCGCUGAGCAAUUGCGUCCUUGCUACCCUCACCGUUGAGGAUGACAGUGUCCUCCUUGGUGAUGGUGAUGGAACCGGUGGAACCGAGCAUGUCCGCCGUCGCCUUCUCAAGCUUGAUGUCCAGUUCGUCCGUGAACACGGUGCCGUUGGUCAGAACGGCAAUAUCGCCAAGGAUACUCUUCCUGUUGUCACCGAAGCCAGGAGCCUUGACAGCAGCGACUUGCAGCUGUCCACGCAGCUUGUUAAGGAUGCAGACUGCGAGAGCCUCACCAUCGACAUCCUCGGCAAUGAUGACAAGAGGGCGGCGGAGUUGCUGGGAGGCUUCAAGGGCAGGAAUGAUAUCUUGAACAGCCGAGAUCUUCUUCUCAGACAGGAGCAGGAGUGGUUUCUCGAACUCGACUUUUUGGGCCUUGGUGUCGGUGAUGAAGUAUGGCGAGAUGAAACCGCGAUCGAACUUCAUACCCUCAGUGACCUCGAGCUCAUCUUCAAUGGUCUUGCCUUCCUUGACGGUGAUGACACCCUCCUUGCCAACCUUUUCCAUUGCACUAGACAGCAGCUUUCCGAUGUGCUCGUCACCAUUGGCUGAGAUGGUGGCGACCUGUGAGAUUUCCUCGCUGGUUGUAAUGUCGCGCUUGUUCUGCCUUAGGUACUCGACGACAGCGUCGACAGCGGCUUGAGUACCCCUUCGCAAGUCCAUUGGGUUACAGCCAGCAGCGACAUUCUUGACGGUUUCGGAAAAGAUAGCACGGGCAAGGACAGUAGCGGUGGUCGUGCCAUCACCAGCGGCUUCGUUGGUCUUGGAUGCAACGUCCUGCAGUAAGCGGGCACCGAGGUUUUCAAAUUUGUCUUUGAGGGAAAUGGCUUUGGCGACGGUGACACCAUCUACGGUGUUCUUCAUCAGCAUUUCUGUCUUCGCGAGCAGAGAAUUGACCAAGACGUACCUUUAGUGAUCUUGGGAGAGCCAUACGACUGUUCUAUCAACACAUUGCGGCCCUUGGGGCCCAAGGUCGUCGAAACGGCCUUCGCCAGAGUUUCCACACCAUUGAGCAAUUGCUGUCGCGCCUCGACACCGAAUUUGAGCUCCUGUCCAUCGUCAUCAGCAGGCAGUCCAUCUACAGAAUCGACGACGUGUCCCCUCUUACCUUGUGUGCAAACCUCAGCUGCUGAUGGCUGAUGGAUGCGCGAGCGCGCAGAGCCGAAGCUCCUGUUCUGGAGAAUGCGCGUUGCAUUUCUAUGUGAUUGGCAAUGCAGAGGCAAAGAAGAUGAGGAAACGAGGUGGACUUUGAUGGAAGAUGCCCUAGCCUUUUGCUCCAAAGAACUCCGGACCGUAUGGGAGAGGUGAAAGAUGAAGAUGAAGGAGAAGGAAUGUAUGCACGGCAAGGAAGUUUCCACUUGAGCGAUGGAAGCUUCGAAAAAACUUUCGGAGGCCAAUCGGAGAAGUCGAUGGAAUUGCUCCAAAACGGGUAAGUCCCCCCUGAUAACGAACUCCGUACGGUCAUUUAUUCUGCCGACCCCAGGCUCGUUCUUCAGAGAGAACCCUUGGCGCCUCAGGCUGCACACGAGGCUGGACGCACUCGCGUGACGCCCUGCUGGCCUGCAUGCUUGCGAGUGCGAGUCGGACGGAGAGAAACAAAACAGAACAGAACAAAGCCGAUUCGGACACAGGGCCAAAAGAGGAAGGCAAUUCGUUCUAUGCGUACCCUACAUGGCAAGUCUCAUGUCACCUUGCUGAGCCCAACGCUUUUCAUCCGCCUACACGAGAGCCGGCGAUCAACGCUCCAGAUAUCUUGCGUGAGAAGUUUUCUUCAAAGACGAGAGAGUACAGGAGGCGACUUUUGAAAGUAGAAAUGAAAGUUGCUCCAGAGUAUAGCUAUGGUGUACACAUCGGAGGCCAAGUCAGGCACGCAUCAACCACUGCUACGGCCAACCGAUGCUACGUCGACCUCGAAGACUCAGACUGCGUUCUCACUGGGAGAGCUUAGCGGCCCUUGGAAACGCGGGACAAGAUGGUCUCAAACUCGAUAUCGUCAGCGUCGUUGGCCUGGAUGUCUGCAGCAAGGCCGUUGAGCGAGCGCUUGAGAGCAUCCUUGGAAGACGAGUACAUCAUGCGCGGCUGGGCUCGUUAUUAGCAC